CAGGCGAGGGGGGUGAGAGCACGUGACAAGGCCGACAGCCAAUGAGAGAAGAGGCUGCGCGUGGCACGCGAAGGCCUCAGGAGCUGAGAGCUGAGCUCGUGGGUUGCGGUGUGGCCCUGCGCCGCGUGGAACUGGCGGCGGGAAGCAGGAUGGUGAACACAAGGGAAAGGCUGUCAGAACCGUUUCAAAUUUGCAGUUAAUUUGAAAGAAUUUACAGAAGUGCCCGUUAUCAUCAUGGAGAAACAACAAAUUGUGUUGGGUAACCGGGACAGUGGGACAGUGUCUGGUGCAGCACCUGCUUUUUUUGUCAUCCUGAAACAGCAGCAGGGAAAUGGUAAAGCUGAUCAAGGAAUUCUAGUAGCAAACCGGGAUGCCUGUACUCUUACCAGUAGUGUGUCAACUCCAGUAAAAUCCAAAGUAAAGACUUGCCUUCCAGCUGAUUGUACCUCAGGUAGCAUCACUGUCACCCUGGACAACAACAGCAUGUGGAAUGAGUUCUACCAUCGCAGCACAGAGAUGAUUCUGACCAAACAGGGGAGGCGUAUGUUCCCAUACUGUCGGUACUGGAUUACAGGCCUAGAUUCCAAUCUGAAAUACAUCCUAGUCAUGGAUAUCUCUCCUGUGGACAAUCACCGCUAUAAAUGGAAUGGUCGUUGGUGGGAGCCUAGUGGGAAGGCAGAACCCCAUGUUCUGGGACGGGUAUUUAUUCAUCCAGAAUCACCCUCCACUGGUCAGUACUGGAUGCACCAGCCGGUAUCCUUCUACAAACUCAAGCUUACCAACAAUACUCUGGACCAAGAAGGUCAUAUCAUAUUGCAUUCUAUGCACCGCUAUCUGCCACGGCUUCACCUGGUACCUGCAGACAAAGCCACAGAGGUUAUCCAGUUGAAUGGUCCUGAUGUACACACCUUCACCUUCCCACAGACAGAGUUCUUUGCAGUGACAGCCUAUCAGAACAUCCAGAUUACCCAGCUAAAGAUAGAUUACAACCCUUUUGCUAAAGGAUUCAGAGAUGAUGGACUGAACAGUAGACCUCAGCGUGAUGUGAAGCAAAAUAGUAGCUCAGAGCAUGAAGGAGGUAGUGUUUCCAGCUCUCCCAGCAAUCGUGGCCGACAUACUGAAACUGAUGGAUUAGAGUCACAGCAGAGAGAUCUAGAUUUUUCAUUUAGUGGUCAGAAUCCAUCAGACAUUGAUGUGGAGAAAGAAUCUUUUAAUGCAGAACGGGACUUCCUGGAUUUCCUGGAUGCAGACCUGCCUCAUAGUGAUAUGCCCAGGUUAAAACAAGAGGUAUCUGAAAGUCCCAUUGCUAGCAGUUAUGAAAGCAGCUCCCGGGUAGCAUCCCCAUUGGACCCAAAUGGACACUUCAAUGUAGUCAUUAAAGAGGAGCCAAUAGAUGACUAUGAUUAUGGAUCAAGUGUGUGCAUCGAAGGGAUAACUGUGAAGCAGGAAGAGACAGAUGAGGAAACAGAUGAAUAUUCCAAUAGUGAUGAUGAUCCCAUAUUAGAGAAACAACUGAGAAAACACAGUGAGAUGGACAGAAAAGAUGCAGGAAUCAGGCCCACCAAACGAAUGCUGGCCAACCCUUCAGGUGUUGCCAAAGCCAAAAUGUUAAAAUUGGAUAGUGGGAAGAUGCCUGUAGUCUAUUUAGAGCCCUGUGCAGUCACCAAGAGCACAGUAAAGAUCUCUGAGCUGCCACAGACCAUGCUUUCCUCUUGUAAGAAGGAUAAAUCCCCAGUGAGUGCAAUAUUGGACUCCUUUCCUAUUUGUUUUGAAAAUCAUAAGGACUCUUGCUUAGACACAGUCAUGGAAACUGAGGAAGUAGCUGUGAAAAAACAGUUCUCUGGAAACAAAGUGCCACAGAAGUACUGUUCCAUCAAAGAGGCACCAUGGACCAUAUCUAAAUCAUCUAGUUUCAAGCUUGGGAGCUCUACAGGAGGCCCCUUUUCAGCCAAAGACGUUGCUGGAAGAAAAAAAGGUGUACUAAGGAACCCCAUGUCCCAGAAGGGUACUGGUACUAAUCAAAAUCCUAUGUCAUCAGGCCCAAGUAGAAGAGGAAGGCCACGAAAGCUAAAGAUCUCCAAGGCUGGACGACCCCCAAAAAACAUAGGGAAGAAUGUAAUGACAAGCAAGAAUGCCUCCCUGGGAUCAGGGAGUAUCCUUCCAGAUGUUAAGCCAGAUCUUGAGGAUGUGGAUGGAGUCCUCUUUGUGUCCUUUGCAUCCAAGGAAGCUCUUGACAUUCAUGCUGUUGAUAGAGUUGGAGGAGAAGAAUCACAGAAUCUGCAGACUUCCUUGCUAGCUACAAGUGAUCCAGGUUGUCGAGCAAGAAUACGCUUGUUGGAGAAAGAACUCUUGGAAGAUCUGAAGUCCUUGAGGCAUAAGCAAGUGAUACAUCCUAGUCUCCAGGAAGUGGGACUGAAGUUGAAUUCUGUGGACCCAACAAUGAGCAUUGACCUGAAAUAUUUGGGUGUGCAGCUCCCGCUUUCCUACUCAAAAAACUACUCUUUGUGGAACUACCCAAGAGUUGUUCCUGGCUGUUCGGAUGCUGGGUUUCCCUUUGUUUCCAGGACAGGGAAAACGAAUGAUUUCACCAAGAUCAAGGGCUGGCGAGGGAAGUUUCACGGUGCUUCUAGAAAUGAAGGUAGUGGUUCAGAGGGCUCUUUGAAGAAUCGCUCUGCUUUCUGCAGCGACAAGCUGGAUGAAUACCUGGAAAAUGAAGGGAAGCUGAUGGAAACAAGCAUGGGAUUCUCUUCCAGCACUUCCACUUCUCCUGUGGUUUAUCAGCUUCCAACCAAGAGCACUAGCUAUGUACGAACACUAGACAGUGUUCUAAAGAAGCAAUCCACCAGCACUCCAUCCACCUCUUAUACUUUCAAGCCUCUCUCUGUGUCUUCUGCCUCUAGGAAGAUGAAAACUCAGAAUAAACAGACAGCUUCAAAGACCCGAGUAAAACCAUCCUACAAACCCAUACUUCCUUCACCUGUUGUAUUAAAGCAGAAACACAGCUUUUCAGUCCCAGGGGAGAAGGUCACUAAGUCUCUGCCAAGUAGCAACAUGGCUAAUCAGGUGGAUAAUUUUAUGGUGCCAGCUCUAGAUGAAAACAUGUUGCCAAAGCAGAUCAGUCUGCGUCAGGCACACCAGCAACAACAGGCUACUCGCCCACCAGGUUUGUCUAAGUCUCAGGUGAAGUUGAUGGACUUAGAGGACUGUGCAUUGUGGGAUGGGAAACCACGGACCUACAUCACAGAAGAACGAGCAGACAUAUCCCUGGCAACUCUGCUCACUGCUCAGGCUUCUCUUAAAAAUAAACCUAUCCACAAAAUAAUCAGAAGGCGAGCACCACCUUGCAACAAUGAUUUCUGCCGUCUGGGUUGUAUCUGUGCUAGUCUAGCACUGGAAAAGCGUCAGCCUACCCAUUGUCGCAGGCCUGACUGUAUGUUUGGCUGCACUUGCUUGAAAAGAAGGGUGUUACUAGUAAAGGGAGGAUCCAAACACAAGAAAAUCCUGAAGAAAGCUGUGCGUGGAAGCCUUAUAUUCUAUGGGCCACAAGGGGAAGAUCAGCAGGAAGAGGAGGAGUUGGAAGAAGAGGGUGAUGGGGAGGAAGAUGAGCUGAAACAGAAAGAUAGGAGGAGGAGAAAGAAGGUGGAAUACACUAUCUGUGAUACAGAGCCAGAGCAGCCUAUUAGGAACUGUCCAUUAUGGAUAAAAGUAGAAGGAGAGAUAGAUCCAGAACCAAUUUACAUCCCAACACCAUCUGUCAUUGAACCAAUGAAACCUUUGGUGCUGCCUACCCCAGAGGUCUUGCCUUCCAGUAAGAACAAAUCUUCCAAUGGAGUCAAACCAGGGAGAGUGUAUAUUCCCAAACCCAACCCAGUGAUUCGGGAUGAGGACAAGGAUCCUGUUUACUUGUACUUUGAGAGGAUGAUGACUUGUGCCCGGGUCCGAGCGUAUGAAUGCAAAAGGGAGGAAAAAAAGCAGCAGAAGGACCCGUAUAUCUGUAAUUCAAAUAAUCGUACAGGAAAGGAGCAUGAUCCUGAGCACCAGACCCUUAAAAAAGAACUUUGUGAGAUGGAGAAAGACACUGAUAAAUCAGGAGAGGAAAGCUGGUGGUCUUCCCGUAGUGAGGGGGAAUCCUCCUCCGCCUCCUACGUUCGUCACACUACUCCAGGUGGGCCAGCCAAACUUAUCGAGAUUAUCUCUGACUGCAACUGGGAGGAGGAUCGCAAUAAGAUCUUAAGCAUCCUAUCACAACACAUCAACAGUAACAUGCCACAGUCCCUCAAAGUGGGUAGCUUCAUUAUUGAAUUGGCUUCAGAACACAAGUCCCGGGAUGAGAAGAACCCUCCCAUCUAUUCCUCCAGAGUGAAAAUCUCAAUGCCUUCCUGCCAGGACAAGGGUGAGAAGCCUGAGAUGCCUGUCUUGGAGAUUCCUGAUAGUUCAGUGUCAUCAUGCAAAAUAUCAGAAAACAUAAAGUUCUUGCGGGCAGAUACCUUGGACAAACUACGGGAGACGUUGCAGGGGGAAAAAGGCUUGCCUUUUUAUACAGGGCUUUCUCCUGCGGGAAAGCUGGUCGCCUACAAACGCAAAGCUAAUUUGAGCCCCUCAGGCUUGAUUCAGGUUAAUGGUAAAAGUUAUCCUCAGGCCAAACUCCUUUUGGGACUGAUGGGGGCAUUACAUCCAGCCAAUCGGCUAGCUGCUUAUAUCACAGGCAGGCUGCGACCCACAGUACUUGAUCUCUCAACCCUCAGUACUGUGAUCUCCAAGGUAGCAUCCAAUGCUAAGGCAGCUGCUUCCGGGACACCAUCAGUCCAGGUGCCCACCACAUCAACUCCCCAAACUACAUCCUCCAUCAGCACUACUUCAACCCCCACUGUGACGACUCUGAAAGCUCAUGUCCCAGCACAGAGACAGAUAGCUGCUCGACCCUCACCUGGUGGUGUGUUCACACAGUUUGUGAUGAGUAAAGUGGGAGCUCUGCAGCAGAAGAUUCCUGGAGUUAGCACACCUCAACCCCUGACAGGGCCACAGAAGUUCAAUGUCAGGCCUACACCAAUAAUGGUCGUCACUCCAGUGGUUCCCACAAGGCCAUCUCCAGUUUACUGCACUGUCUCUCCUCCCAUCACUGCAACUACCACCACCUCUCCAGUUGCUUUAGAAAGUGUUACCACUGUGGCAUCAUCUACUGUGACCACUACUGGCCAUACAAGAGCUAAUGAAUCUACCCACUCUCCUCCUGGCAUUGCCAUUACUGGUGCUUCUGAAACAUCUGAAACCAGCGCCUGUACUACUGUCUCACCCACUACCCCUACAGCCACUGUAAACAUAACAAAAGCAACUGGAAUGACUACACCAGUAGCGACCAUAUCAUUUCCUAAAUCUGUAGUAACUACACCAACCAUUAAUCAUCAUGUUCCUACCACCACCUCAUCCCUUGUUGUGGUGACAACAACUGCAGUCACAUCCAUGGUGACCACUCCACCCUCAUCUGUUGGUUCUGUUCCUAUUAUACUCUCUGGAAUUAAUACAAGUCCUUCACUGAAUCCAAGACCAGAAGAUGGUGGUUCUCAGACUACAACUGCAAGCCCCCAAGGGCUGUCUUCUGGAACAGAGAAGCGUGGGGGACCCCGGUUACUGCUGAUUCCAGUACAUCAAGGUUCUCCUGCUUUACGACCCCUCCAUAAUGUGCAGCUUUCUCAGGGACAUAGGAUGAUCCUGCAGCCUCUCAGGAGCCCCGGUGGGGUAAACCUAUUUAGACAUCCCAAUGGACAGAUCAUCCAGCUUGUUCCACUGCAUCAGCUCCGAACUGCUGGCACUCAAUCCAACAUUCAGCCAGUCAUGUUCCGCAAUCCAGGCUCUGUUGUAGGAAUCCGGUUCCCUGGGCCCUCUAAGCCUCCUGAGACACCUGUAUCACCUAUGUCCUCCACUUCUGUUACUUCGGUUUCCCCUGCCAAAAACCCAGCAGUACAAAUGGUUGGAUCCAAGUCUGCACCUGUGGCUAAUUUGGUCACUCAAGCAUCAUCCAUCCUUCCGUCAGUACCCAGUUUUGUGUCACAAGCAGGCACCCUGACUCUGAGGAUCUCUCCUCCAGGAGCAAGCAGCAUUGUAGGUCAAGCAGGCUCUGAAUCUAAAAUAAUGUGUAACUCAGGUGGUCAACCAACUAAUGCUGCCAAUCUCAUACCCCUUCAGUCUGGCAGUUUUGCCUUGCUUCAGCUCCCAGGACAGAAGUCUGUCCCAAACUCUAUUCUUCAUCAUGUUGCAUCCCUCCAGAUAAAGAAAGAUUCCCAGAAUGUAAGCCAAAAGGAUGAGUCUAGUCCUACUAAGCAGCAGGAGCCUGAGAAGGCUUCACAUUCAGAAGAUGUAGAAGUCAUGGAGUCAGAGGUAACAGUGUCAGAUAGCAAACAAGAGGAAAAUGAGUUGCCAUCAGAUCAGUCAAAUAGUACUGAGGAGUCUGCAGCUGAUGUGAUCCUAUCUGACAGAAACUUCACUGCCUCAGAGAUGGCUGAGAAGGAUCCAGAGAUGCUGGAGGAUUACGCAGACGACAUUCCGAGCUUCCAGCAUGAUGUUUCUGCCGAUGUCAUAUCAUCAGAUCACUCAUACAUCAGUGAGAAGCCAAUCAGUGAGAAAAACAAAGUGAUCACUGAAAAGAAAGAGGAAUCUGUACAUUCUGAAGAAGUAUUGGAGGAAGUUUCAGAUAACUCAGGGACUAUUUCAGAAUUACUAGGUCAAGCAGUAGUUGCUCCUGCAAAUACUGCAUAUCCAGAGAGUCCCAGGGAGCAGGAAGAGAUGGCACUGUUAAAGAGCCAUGUAGAGGAGUACACGAGCACUGUAGAAGCAGAGAGUCCAGAUACUGAACGGGAGGGAAAUGCACAGCCACAGAAAAAAGAGGAAGAGAAGGUGAAUGCUGCACAGUCAAAGAGUCCACAGGAAAAGCAAGAGAUUUAUGCACAGCUGGAAAGCAAAGACAAGCAUCAGGAAGGGACUCAACCACUUGAGAACCAAAAAGAGCUCCAGGAGAGCACUGCACAGCCUGAUGUCAAAAGGAAGGAAUGUGAGGACUCUAUAGAGACAGAGAAUAUAAUGGAGGAACAGGAAAAUAAAUCUGAGAUCAUUUAUACCAAGGAACAUGGUAAUAAUUCAGGGGAGAUGCAUGUGGAAAGUACAGAUGAGUGUAAAAAAAAUCUAGAUAUCCAGGAAAAACUUAAUGCUCCUAACCAAGAACAAGGCACCACUGGUUUUCAGAAAGCAAGUGAAAAUGCUAAGGAUAACUCAAUUCAUGUCAACAGUUCUUUGAACACAAUAUCUAGUAAGACAACUGAUUUAGACAACAAAAGUAACACCGAGAGAGAGAACAAAGUUGAGAAAUCUGUUAAAGGUUAUUUCAUGACCCCAGAACAGAGAUCACAAGAAUCCAAACACCACAAAAAGGGUUAUACUCCUGCUGUUGAUAUUACCACUGAUGAUGUGGAAGAGGAGGAGGAAGAUGAUGAUGAAAAAACUGAUGAUUCUGCUGAUGAGAUGCUGGAUGGAGCUUCUGAUUUCCAGAGUGAAGAGGAAGUGGAUGUGGAAAAAUUGCCCAGGGUCUCCCACAGUUCUGUUCCGGAUGGGCUGUGCCUCCUCUCUGAAGAUACCAUAGGUGGUUCAGCACUGUUGGUAAGUAUACAGUUCACAGAAGAGAGGAAGCAUCUCAGCAUAAAGAAGGAAAGGGCAGACAGAAGGAAAGGAGACAGAAGAGAAGAGCAGGAAGAGAGAAAUGACUGUGAGUACAGUGAGAAUGAUGAGCCUGUGGACAUUGAGACCGUGGAGGAGCUUUCAGAGAAGAUUAACAUUGCUCGUCUGAAGGCCACAGCUUCCACUAUCGGAUCUUCCAAACAAAAGCACCGUAUUCAUAAUCAUUCGGAUGAGAAGGUGGCAGACAAGUCUACUAAGAAACCCCAGUUCUGGAACAGAAAACAGAAGAAUGAGGCAGAGGCCUUUGCUCAUUACCGCCAAACACACACAGCAAAUGAACGCCGACGUCGCAAUGAAAUGAGGGAUCUUUUUGAAAAGCUGAAAAGAGCUCUGGGACUGCAUAGCCUUCCGAAGGUCUCCAAGUGCUACAUCCUCAAACAGGCCUACGAAGAGAUCCAGGGGUUGACUGAUCAGGCAGAUAAACUGAUUGGGCAGAAGAACUUACUGACUCGCAAACAAGACAUUCUGAUCCGUAAAGUAUCCACACUUUCAGGUAAGACAGAAGAGGUGGUCCUGAAGAAGCUAGAAUACAUUUAUGCCAAACAGAAAGCAGUAGAAGCACAAAAGAAGAGGAAACAAGUUGAGCCAGAGGAGCUUGUUGUGUCCCCCAAGCCCAGCAGACAGCAAGAAGAAUCCUCCACUUCCUCCAAAGAGCUGGGACAAAUGAUUGUGACAAAUAGGCGGGGGAAGCCACUAAUACUCGCCAGGAAAGGAGGCCAGGCCGCUGUCGAGACCACAUCCUCUCCUAUUACAUUAACUACUGCCAGCCUAGUAAUGACUCCACAAGGGCAGGUGCUUACACUGAAGAGCCCCCUGAUGCCAGGACAGGUAGCCGCUGUUCCUUCCACACUCCUGCAAGCUGAGCUAAAGCCUCAAGUUGCCAGUAACACAGUGACAACACAGCCAGGUAUUGCAUCCGUGAUGAUUCAGCUACCAGGCUCAACAGUUCCUGUCCAAGUGAAAGGCAUCCUCACUAACUCAGCCAUUCCCAUUACGUUGUCAACCAUUGCCAGUAACCCAGUGCCCCCCGCUGUAGGAACAGCUACAGAAGCUGCUUCAGAGAGUGAAGAUUCAUUCAUGAUGCCAAAGAUUGUUAAUGUGACAUCACUGGCUGCUGAAGGGGGUGUGAAUUUAAACCUGAAUAGAAACAAGAAUUCUCAUGUAACCCAAGGUGCUGGUGCCCAGACAUCUGAGCCGUCUCUGAAAGCAGGAUCUCAUGAAAGUAGGCGGAAUGAGGACAUCCUUUCAGAAGAAAAAAACAAGGCAUCUCCUGGAGACAGCUGUGGAGAUGGGAGAAGUGCCACAGGGCCCACACAAAUUUUCCUUGAAAAUAAAGACAACGGCUUUCCACAGAUUCGGAAUGUACCCAGUGUGAAGGACUCCUCAGAGUCCUUUGCUAAAAAGUCUUGCAUUGGAGAGUUUCUUGGAAGCCAGGGGAGGAGGAAAGAGACUGAUCAGGGAGGGGAAAGGUUGAAGCCAAAGGAUUCUCCAUUCUGCAAGCUGCAGGUUAAAGAUCUCAAAGACUCCAGGAUAGAAAUGGAACUGAGGAAGGUAGCCUCUGCAAUAGAGGAAGCAGAACUAGACCCAAGUGAGUUACUGGGCAGCAUUGAGGAGAGUGAUGACACUGAUGAAACCCUCACUUCACUUCUCAAUGAAAUUGCCUUUCUCAAUCAGCAGCUGAACGAUGACACUUCUGGCAUGUCAGAGCUGCCUGGUACCCUGAGCUCAGAGUUUUCUCCAGAAGACUCCGAAACACGGAGGGGAACUGCCAGUGACCUGACCACUGCAGAUGGAGCCUCCUUCCAGUUUGGUCAUUUGGGUAGCAGUUUCAAGGGCCUUUCUGAAGUUCGAGAGAGUAGUGGCUCCAUAAGCCCCCUCCUGCUUCACCUGGAAGAUGAUGACCUUACUGAUGGUGAGAGGAACUCUGCAGAGCCUUCAUCUCAAGCAGAUAUUUUAAAGAUAGUGAUAGGCUCUGAAAUGAAGGACUCACUUGCCAACCUCUCAGUAACUGGUGGCGUAAGUGAUAAAACCUUAGAUCCCCAGGCAGAGACCAAUGUGUCUCCUCCAAUCCUGCAGAUGAAAACUAAUCUAGAAGCUGGUAACACUGACACACUGUGGAGGCCUAUGCCCAAACUGGCACCACUUGGGUUAAAAAUUGCAAAUCUUCCGUUAGACUCAGAAGGGCAGAGUACCAAGGUAAUGCCAGUAUUGGCACCUGUAGUUGCAAAACUGCCACCCAUUGGUUUAAAAACUAAAUUACCUUCAACUGAGCUGGAAGGACAGGACAGCAAAAUAAUGCCCACAUUAGCAUCUGUGGUUGCAAAAUUGAACAGUAUUGGGACCUUGCCUUCAAAUUCUGCAGGCAAAUGAAUGCUUGGAUAUUUCAGAGACUGAAAGGAAAAUCUGGAGCAAUUUGGACUAUGAAAGGAAUUGGUAUCUUGAGUUUUAACAUCUUCCCUUGUCUCCAGACAUUUGUUCCUGUAUCUCUGUAAAGAAAAUAUGGUAUCAGUGCACUCUUCUGACUGAGGGCAGGCCCCAAGCUGAGAAAUCAAUGCUAUGAAACUUUAAUUGUGCUAACAUAAAUUUUACCUCACUACUGUGUUCUGGAUGUUUAUCCCCCAGAAAGAAAGAUGAUGAUGUAUUACCAUUGCUGGGCAUAUGGUAUCCUUCCAACAGUGGGUCCUUCACAAAGAGUUUAUGAAACUAGAGGUCUGAUGGACCCAGGCCACUGAGAGAUUCAUACCCUAACAGAGAUGCAGUUAUUUCUGGAUGAGGAGAAAUCAGGAGUACUAGCAUUUUACCAGCCAAAUUAACUAUCUAUGCAGAAGCAGGGGUGUUCACAUCUGCAGUUUGUGCACAGCCCACAAAAUGUAAUGAGCUUGUGUAAAUGAGAUUGGAGCAAGCUUGUUCAAACUGGGUGCCCUGGGUGGAGGAAAGGGAGAUUGAAGAUAGAUUUCCCAGAAUGCUAAUGUCAAAAAUUUCCAUUCUUCAGUGAGUGAGAAUUAUCUUCCUGCUCCAACUCUCUCUAGUUAGUUUCUACCUACAUCAUUUCCAUAUGAAAUCUUAAACUCCCAUUUUAAGGUGAAGAAGGAAAUGUUUAUAGUGAUGAUUGCAACACCCCAGUGUUGGUUUUUUUAGUUAGCUAAUUUAAAAAAGAUAAAACCUUGCAAUGUUCUUCCUUGAGCAUCCUGGGAAUGAGACAGCAUCCAGAACGAACAGAUUCAGACAGGAGAAAUCCAUCUGGGUACCAAAUUGCUAACUCUUUAAAAGCAUCGCUGAGGUAGUUUGAGUGUCAUUUGUCUCCAUUCUCCUCUCUUUCCUUCCCUGUUUCCUCCCUUCCUCGUGGUUCUUGAAGACAUAUACAUCUCGAAUACAUUUACAGGCAGUGACCCUUUCAGGAUUAUUGGGACAUGAAAGUGUGUGUGUGUGCGCGCGCGGGUCCUUCCAAACCAUCCAUUUCUUAAUGAAUUCAGGAAAGGUACUCAGAGGUUCUCAUUGCAUUUAUGCAAGAUGUGUAUAGCAAAAAAACAAACAAUGCUCAUUACCAGGGAAAUAGGGCAGUAUUUGAAUCACAAGAUGUAUUUUUUAUUCUCUUCUGCCACCACUUAUUCAAUAAACUGUAGUUACUCUUCACUGUUAAGCUGUUGGAAGUGAAGGGCCUGCAGACUGUAAAGAUAUUUAUAUUUUUGUACACAAUUUUUGUUUUCUUAGUUUCCUUGAAGAAUGAAAUUUUCAGUCUAGAAGAGACGAUUUGGUAAUGAGUGUAUAAAUGAUUUUUUUUCCUAUCUAGUUUGUAAAUAAUAGGAAUUAUGGUGGACUUCAGGGGCUUCUUAGGUGCUCCUCAAAAGUGAAAAUCACUGCUGUGAAAAUUGUGUCGAAUCUGGGAAACGGCGCAUUUUGCCUUUCCUGCAUAAUUGUAUUUAGGAAUGUAAUCCCUGCUCUUAAUGCCUCAGCAGCAGCAAUUGGGAUUCCACAUGCCCCCAGUGCUCGCGCCCCUGCCCCCCCAUGAUGCACUAUUGCAGGAGCUUUCAUCUCUCCCAGCGCCAGGGCUGUGUCUGUGUGUCUGACAUUCACAUGCAUGCGCUGUAAGUGAUGUUCUUCCACUCUUCAGAAGCAGUGGCAAACUCUACAUUUAGUGCAGAAGUAUGCCCUAUACAGUAAGCUGCAGCUUCUGGACCUGUGUCUAGAAUGGCUGUGUCACUGGGUAUGUAUAUCUUGUGUUCUUUCCUUUUCUUUGUUACAAUUUUCUAUUGGGCUGCAAAGCAAAGAGAGCGGUCUUAAGCUGGGUAUGCAUAAGGUUGCUCCAGACUCUGUGUAAUGGAAGUGUCUUCACCUUGGGAUUCUACAAGGCAUGUUUGAAAACAGUUGGACAGGUGUGUAUCAUUUCUACUGCCUUUGCAUAUUUUACAGUUUAACCUCAGUUUGUGUCAUAAAUGCUAAUCUCCUUCCUGCACUAAAGGGUUGAAGAAGAGGGUAUGGGUUAGUAUGAGAGUCAUGCAAAGCCUUAUAGAUAUCAUUCAAUGCCUUAGAAAAGGGAACUAGCCUAUAAAUACAUGUUUACACCUACUCCUUAGACAUUAGAGGCUAGAUCCGAACCUCAUUUACACCAGUAUUAAUCUGGAGUAACUAUAUUGAUCUCAGUUGAGUUACACCAGAUUUACACUGAUGUACCUGAGAAUUUGGCCUUGGGUAUUUUAAAUUGGCUGCAGUUGCUUAUCAUUCUGCCCAAAACAAUUUGAUUUGCCAUUAAAUUCAACUCCUCGCUGUGUGAAACAGCCAUCAGCAUUGCACUGAUGGUGCCACACACAAAAAAACCACUAAAUUUCCUCUCUGUCUCCUAUCGCUUCUUGAUCCAAAAUGGCUGCUGUUCACUUAAGUGUUAAAAUUAAGUGUGCAUUAAUCCAUGUCUGUACAUUAAGAAAAAUAUGCCUUUCACAUUUCAUAGGGCACAGAUAGCAUUAAAGUCACUCAAACACUCUUUUAAAAUAACCCUUCCUGCCUUGAGGGGCAAGGUGAUGGAAAAUGCCUAGCUAUACAUUUACUGUUUGGCAGUGAGCAAUCAGGAAUUCCUGCUGUAACAAAAGCAUAUUGUUGAGAUAAAAGCUGACCUGCCUGAUGCCAGAAAACUAUCAGUAAGUCAGCCAAGAACAGACCCCGAAGUCAAAAGAACCAAUAGGGGCACAGCCAAGAAAGGUUUUGGCAGGUUCUGCCUAGCAACAAAGCCCCUUUGAAAAGCUCAUUCGCCUUUGCUUUUCCUAACCCUCACAUGUCAUCUUUGCAUUUCACUAUCAUUUAAAAUGUCAAAUCCCCUCUCACCCACAGCCCCAAAAUCAAUUGGUUUGGAAAAAACCUUUUGGAAAUUAUGCCCACUAUUUUUAAGAGUCAGUAAUGCAAGAAUGUGUUACUUUUGUAGCGAGUGGGUUUUGGAAUCAGGAGAACAAUAGAAACCCCUGCAAGGAGCACGUUCUCACUAGACCAAGAGUCCUGGAAAUUUUGUUUGGUUUUUUAGACAGGUCUGUAAAUAGACAAAAUGUUUUUAAGAAUAUAAUGCAAUGUCAGAUUUAGCUUUUUUCCUUUUAUAUAUUAAAAAUAUAUCUUUCCCUCUUUUCAGCUUUUGAAAAAUUGAUAUUUUUGUAGAAAUCUAACAGUACAGGACUGUUCAAUGACUGUAUGUGAGAGAGAGGAAGUGUAAAACUAAAAUAAACCAAUCAAGUUCAA